AUGGCUUUCCUCGGUGUUCACCAUAUCAGCACCACGGCAUACCACCCUUCCUCCAACGGCCUCGUCGAGCGCUUUCAUCGUCAGCUGAAAGCUUCGCUCAUCGCUCGCGAGGCCCAAACCAGCUGGGUGGACCACUUGCCUGUUGUCAUGCUGGGCAUCUGUUCGGCCUUCAAGGAGGACCUCUCCUGCACCGCAGCCAAGCUUGUUUACGGGACGACACUGGCGACUGGGAAUACCGACGGCGUCGCCGCCCCCUCCAAAGUUUUCCUCCACCCCGACCUCAACACAAGCACCCACGUGUUCCUGCGCCAUGAUGCUGUGCGGAAGCCGCUCUCGCCACACUAUAAUGGCCCCUACCGUGUUCUCUCCCGGAACAGCAAGACCUUCACAAUCGACAUCGCGGGCCAGCGCCAAGUCGUCUCGCUGGACCGCCUUAAGCCGGCCUACCUUGAAGCCGUCGCCCCUGCUCCCCCACUCGCUCUUGGCGAGGACUCUUCCCCCGCCUUAUCUCCUCCGAAGCCUCGUCGCAAAGUUACUUGGGCAGCUCCGCUUCGUGUCCACAGCCCCACGUCGCCUCCGCUCUAA